CCCACGGCUGUUGUUGGCGUCUGCCCUCUGUCCGCCUCUCCUCUCCCUUUUUUUUCUUUCUUCUACUCUCGUUUAUAUCUGUUCUCGUCGGGGUUCUUCUGUUCGUUGUGUUUGUCCCAGCGGCGGUGGGAAUGGAUUUGAGAUCUCGCGAUUGUUGGGACUUUAGAAGUUCCAGUGGAAAAUGGCGCCCGUUGUGACGGGGAAGUUUGGUGAGCAAGCUCCACCGCAGCGCCUGACGAGAGAGGCCAUGAGAAACUACCUGAAGGAGAGGGGAGACCAGACCUUACUCAUACUACACGCUAAAGUGGCACAGAAGUCUUACGGCAACGAGAAGAGGUUCUUCUGCCCUCCUCCUUGUAUCUAUCUGAUGGGCUGUGGCUGGAAGAAGAAGACAGAGGAGAUGGAGAGAGAGGGCUGUUCAGAGCAGGAGGCUCAGCCCUGUGCCUUUAUAGGGAUAGGAAACAGUGACCAGGAGAUGCAGCAGCUCAACAUAGAGGGGAAGGACUUCUGCACAGCUAAGACUCUAUACAUCAGUGACAGUGACAAGAGGAAACACUUCAUGCUGUCAGUCAAGAUGUUCUAUGGUAACAGUACAGACAUAGGAGUCUUCCUUAGUAAGAGGAUCAAAGUUAUCUCUAAACCGUCCAAGAAGAAACAGUCUCUGAAGAACGCUGACCUGUGUAUAGCGUCAGGCACCAAGGUUGCGUUGUUUAACCGGUUGCGUUCUCAGACCGUCAGUACCCGCUAUCUACACGUGGAGGGAGGGAACUUCCAUGCCAGUUCACAACAGUGGGGAGCCUUCUACAUACACCUCUUGGAGGAGGAAGAGCCGGAAGGGGAGGAGUUUGCGGUGAGGGAUGGAUACAUCCACUAUGGUCAGACUGUCAAACUGGUCUGUUCUGUCACUGGUAUGGCGCUGCCUAGACUGGUGAUCCGUAAGGUGGACAAGCAGACAGCGUUGAUGGAUGCAGACGACCCAGUGUCUCAGCUCCACAAGUGUUCCUUCUACCUGAAAGACACCGAGAGAAUGUACCUCUGUCUCUCACAGGAGAGAAUCAUUCAGUUCCAGGCCACGCCCUGCCCCAAAGAGCCCAGUAAGGAGAUGAUAAACGAUGGAGCCUCCUGGACCAUCAUCAGUACAGACAAGGCAGAGUACACCUUCUACCAGGGGAUGGGUCCUGUACCCUGUCCUGUUACACCAGUCCCUGUGGUGGAGAGUCUGCAGUUGAAUGGUGGAGGUGAUGUGGCCAUGUUGGAGCUGACAGGACAGAACUUUGCUCCAGAUCUCCGAGUCUGGUUUGGAGAUAUCGAGUCUGACACCAUGUACAGGUGUGGAGAGAGCGUGCUCUGCGUGGUGCCUGACAUCUCCGCCUUCAGAGAAGGGUGGCGCUGGGUCCGUCAGCCCGUCCAGGUCCCCGUCACCUUGGUCCGCAACGACGGAGUCAUCUACUCCACGGCCCUCACCUUCACCUAUACCCCAGAACCAGGCCCUCGUCUUCACUGCAGCGCUGCCGGGGCCAUCCUCCAGACCCACAGCCACAGUAUCUCCUCUUCGUCCUCAUCCUCACCUUCCUCAGGGAGUCUGGGGAUGGGAGGUUUAGGGGGUUUGGCGGAAGGACAGACGGGCUACGGGAUUGGCCAAGGGGGAGGGUCAACCAAUAGCGUUGGGUUGUCAUCGGUGAUGUCGGUUUCGUCAUAGCAGCGAGGAAGUGUGUGUGUGUGGGGGGGGGGGGGGGGGGGGGGGGGGGGGUGUGAGAGGCUCAUGGACCUGCUCUGAAACCACCCUCGCUCGCUCAAGGACUCUUUGGAAAGAGAGCGAUUUGACGUUGAAGAGGAGAAGGGAAGAAGAGAGAUGAGGUUCUGAUGAAAGACAGACCUGGAAGGAGGGGGAGGGGGGGAUCCCCUCUCUCUGGCGCCCCCGUGUGGGCGGUUGUGGACAUGACACUGCAGCCUGGGUCAUUCUUGUCUGGGAGAGGUUUCACCUCCAGGAUGACACAAUAACUAGGAGCCCUUUUUAUACAUUUGUUGGAGAACAACUAUUUUUUAUUUUCAACACUCACACUUUCUACAAAGUUUAGAUUAUUAUUUUUUUUGACCCACAACAAAGGGCUUGGUAAUGAUGUUGUCAUUAUCAUUGGUAAUCAUUAUUGGUUAUCAUUGGUCAUUAUCAUUGGUAAUGAUGGAGAUGUCACUCGUGUGCAGAGAAACUUCAUUAUUGUUUUAUGGGUGAAACAUUUUAUUAUAGUAACAAUUUUUACGGACCAAGGAAUAUUAUUGUUAUUUUUAUUCUUUAUGAUAUUUUAUAAGCUUUAGCCGAGGUACAUUUUCAAAUGUGUUUUUUUGUUGUAUUAUAACGUUUUAGGGAGUACACUUUUUGUUACCAAAUAGAUUUUUUUCUCUCCAUUUGAGAGCGAGAGAGAGAGAGAGAGAGAGAACUCUGAGGAGAUUGAAUAACGUGAUUCAGGCUGCGUCUCAAUCGGCCUAAAAACUGGAUUCCUCCCUUUUAUUAGUGUGAAAGAGUGACGCGACCUCGGGGUGCUUUGUGCAAGUCUUAAAGUCUAGAAAAGGUCAGGGUUGUAGUUAUCUGAAGAGUUGAACAACUGAAAGCAAGCUCGCAGUAGGUUCUCUCUCUCUCUCUACCCCAUCUCUUUCACCUUCUCUGUCUGUUCCGGAUUAAGGAGAGGAAAUUAGGCUUGGUGGUAAAAGGGAGAGGAAGGAAGCCAUUUUUAGACGGUUGACAUGCACCCCAUAAUCUCAGCCAGUUUCUAUAGCAACCUUAAAUCUUCCUGGCCAAUCGCCUUAAAUUGAUCAGUCUCUCACCAGACCUUUUUAGAAGAAACGAAAGAAAGAUAUACUUUUUAUUUCAUGUUGUGUGUGUGUAUAAGGUUGUCGUUUUCUGAAACUGUCUUAAGAGUGUUUGGUCGACACUCGUCAAGCCAAGGCCUGGGAAUGUCUCAUCAUGUCGUUGGUCUCUGUCUCUCAAAUGACACCUGAUUUCCUAAAUAGUGCACUACUUUAGACCAGGGCCCUCCCUAUAGGGGAUCCUAAAAUAGUGCACUACUUUAGGCCAGGGCUCUCCUAUAGGGGAUCCUAAAUAGUGCACUACUGUAGGCCAGGGCUCUCCUAUAGGGCAUCCUAAAUAGUGCACUACUUUAGGCCAGGGCUCUCCUAUAGGGGAUCCUAAAAUAGUGCACUACUUUAGACCAGGGCUCUCCUAUAGGGGAUCCUAAAUAGUGCACUACUUUAGACCAGGGCUCUCCUAUAGGGCAUCCUAAAUAGUGCACUACUUUAGGCCAGGGCUCUCCUAUAGGGGAUCCUAAAAUAGUGCACUACUUUAGACCAGGGCUCUCCUAUAGGGCAUCCUAAAUAGUGCACUACUUUAGACCAGGGCUCUCCUAUAGGGCAUCCUAAAUAGUGCACUACUUUAGACCAGGGCUCUCCUAUGAGGGAUCCUAAAUAGUGCACUACUUUAGACCAGGGCUCUCCUAUGAGGGAUCCUAAAAUAGGGAUUGGAGUGCCGUUUGGGAUGCAGAAGUUGGUUUUUACACUACCGUUCGGCCUCAUUCCCAAAUCGGCUCCUAGCCCCUAGUAGACGUUUGUGUAAAUCUGAGAGGAUUGUACAGGUAUUACCAAUAUGGUAAUCGCCCCGGUGGCCUUCUAGGCUUCGGGUAAUUCGUGCCAUUUUUGAUUACUUAGUGUAUACUAUCUAGGGGUCAUUUGCUUACCUGGUGCACGCUAUCUAGGGGCUAGGGAUUGGUUUGGGACUGGGCAGAAGUCUUUAAAAAAAAAUGUUUUAAUUAUGAAGAGCUUUAAAAAUGCCACAACUGCCUUUUUUUUUAGCUUGUAACACUUUCAAGCAGCUCCCCCUCUUAUCUAUCUAAUGAAGCCGUAGCAUCAAACAGGAAAUCACUUGCGUCGCUAAGCUGAUAGCCCCACUACACUGUACAUGUAAUUCGCUAAAGCUUCAUUGGAAUUCAAUUGGCUAAGCUAAUGGCUAAUGCUACAAUGUAAUUAUAUUUAGUGAAGCUAAGCUGAAGCUAAUGCUACUAUGCAGUUCUAUUUAGUGAAGCUGAAGCUAAUGCUACUUUGUAGUUCUAUUUAGUGAAGCUAAGCUGAAGCUAAUGCUACUAUGUAGUUCUAUUUAGUGAAGCUAAUGCUACUAUGUAGUUCUAUUUUAGUGAAGCUAAGCUGAAGCUAAUGCUACUAUGUAGUUCUAUUUUAGUGAAGCUAAGCUGAAGCUAAUGCUACUAUGUAGUUCUAUUUUAGUGAAGCUAAGCUAACGCUAAGCUAAGCUACAAUGUAAGUCUAGUAGUGAAGCUAAUGCUACUAUGUAGUUCUAUUUUAGUGAAGCUAAGCUAACGCUAAGCUAAGCUACAAUGUAAGUCUAGUAGUGAAGCUAAUGCUAAUAUGUAAUUCAUGUCACUUGGCUCUACGGCUAAACUUAAUUGAAAUCACAAUGCCUUUUUUUUUAUUUUUUUUAAAACACUCCCUAGCGAGAGACUGUUUUCUGUCUCGCCACAGUGUUUUCUCACAAAGUAGCCUCUUCUUGUAGCUUAAGUGUUUCACACGUCACAUUUUUAGGUAGCCUACCAGUCGGUGUUUUUUUUUAUAUUUUCAUUUUUAAAAAUGUUUUGUUCAUCAUGAGGGAACCAUUUUUCCCUAUGUUCAGCAUAACAACUACAAUGUUUUCCCUCCGCUGUAGAAAAAAAAAAACGGUUUUGGAAACGAUUUGCCAAAAUAUGUGUUUUUUCCCAACUUUCUUGUGGCUUACCUGUCAUUGGUGCUGCACUACGUCGAAAGGGAUGGUUGCUCUGUUACUAUGGGAACAGGUUAUAUGAUAACACGUACUGUAACUGUCUCUAACUGAUUUUAUUCGAGUUGUUUUUAUUAUUUUGCCGGUUUUCGUCUUGGAUCAAUGCUCGUAUGGCUGUUUUUUUUUGUUGUGUGUUAUUCAUUGAUUUAAAAAAAAAACCUUUGGAAGUUAUUUCGUUGGCAAUCGGUUCUCAAAUACAGGUCACCAGGUCACCAGUUUUUGGCUUUCUUGGAAGAAAAUUAUCUUUGUUUUGCUCUGCUUUAAUUGUGGUGCCUUGCCUCCUCUUAACAAGUACGAGGAACAAUAUGACUGUUCUCAAAUCUGUGGUCCCCACUCAAACCCUAACCAGUAUAAGCUAACACAACUAUGAAACUGGCCUGGGAUCAUUUCUUACGUGAUGAUUUUUUUUCUCCCUCCCUUCAUAUUGGUGGUGUCUCUUGGGUCGUUAUUCACUAGGAAACUAAAACGGAAUCGAACUCUGCAGGCAACGACCUGAACUUGUCUCAAUAAGAAACGCUUGUUUUUCCCAUUGCAAAACAUUCUGCGUGAUUUGCACUAAUGACUACGACCCUGGCCCCCCCCCCCAAAAAAAACGUUUUCCUCCCUUCCCUGUUACAGCUAAACCACUCGUAUUGCCUUAGCUCAGCCUAUGGAGUGAGCCAUCGCUGGUUCUGGUGGGCCGUAGUGUGAAGGCAGGAUUUUGUUCCAGCUCUUAACAUACCUAAUUUAAUCGUGGUCAACAAAUCAAUUCAAGACCAGGAGUAGUCUAUUCAUUUUCAGUUGUGUUUGAGCAGGGUCGGGACAAAUACCUGCACACACACAACUCUUUUAAGACGAGAGUUGUGUUUCCCCCGGCCUUAUCUAUAGUGUAGAUGAACCUAACGCAGAAAUAGCCACCACUCUGUGGUUGUCUGGGUUGAAGACACUGAUCUGAUGCCCUAAUUCACACGAAAUGGAGGCUUGACCAGUUCAGUACAGCUCUGGUUUGGCCCUUGAUAGUUGUGAAUCAAGUGUUUUUGUUGUUUUUUGCUUUCCUGAGAACUGAAACGAUAAACAAUACUCUUAACAUGCCAAAUUAAUCAACUUUUCCCCCGUUUUUAACUUUGUGUCUGCAAUUCUGAACUGGGACCCUAGUCCAUAUACAGGUCAUUAUCUACAGAGUCAAAAGUAUCUAUGUAGGGGAUAGGUUGCCAGUUCAGACAAGGUCUGUGUUUUUCCUGAAUUUGGACCUCUUGAAAGCCAGCUUUUUUUUUUUUACACCACAUAAAGAACAAAAUAAAUCUAAUGCAUUGAGUUUUUUAUUUUAUUUUAAAUGUCUCUGAAUAAAAUGUCUUUAUGCCUUCAGGCUCUCUUGGUUGAGCGCAUCACUCUUAAAAAAAAAAAGGCAUGUCUGACAGCAUUGGAGAAAGAAAAGGUCAAGAAAUAAAAGUUGGGAGUUGG